CGUUCUAGGCCCUUCUUUUUUUUCUUUUUCGUCUGUUCCGUUUGUUCGUGUGAUGUCGAUAUGCCCAUGUCCUCUGCUGAUACCUACGGUGCCUACUGAGUCGACAUGAGCCCCCCCCUUUCUGGAGAGAAUGAACCCGGCCGAUUUUCCUCUCUUGGGCCGAUUGGGAGCCUGGUUAUGAUGAUCGGGGAGUUUGAACGGGAUCAGCUAGCAGCCCGUCGUGGCGUCACUGUGCCAGUCCGGUGUGCGCCUGUCUGCGCGUGGCGACUGGGCCAUCGACGCCAUGCAGCGCGGGGAAACAUCGCGGAUGGCGGGAUGGAGGCGGGAUGGAGGCGUGUUUGAGGGGGUGACUCUGGGGAUGCGGGCGCUGCAUCGAGAUGUCGAGGUGUACAAGUUGUGUGAGUGGUUGAGUGGUUGAGUGG